CGUCGCCGGCCGCGGGUCGCCCUCCUUCCAUUCCGCGUCCUCUCGAAAAGGGAGCCGAGGAGGCGACGACGCGGAGUGCAGCAGUAGCCAUGGACCGCGUGCAGCUCCUCCUCGUCGGCCUCCCCGCCCUCCUCUUCCUCUCCGACCUCUCCCACAUCUUCGCGCCGCCGCCGCCGCAUCUCCGGCACCCUCACCACCACCACCCGCCGCACCAUCAUCCACCCCACCACCACCACCCGCAUCCGCCACAUCACCCGCACCCGCCCCACCACCACCCUCACCCUCCGCAUCACCACCCCCACCCCCACCCCGAUCCCGCCGCGGAGGCCAUACAGCGGCCGCAUGCGGAUGGAGCUGGAUACGGCACCACCGUCGAGCUGCAAUUCUGUGCCUCCUGCUCGUACAAGGGAACUGCUAUGACUAUGAAACGCAUGUUGGAAACAUCAUUUCCAGGCAUCCAUGUUGUCUUGCACAAUUACCCUCCACCCUUCCCUAAACGUGUGCUUGGCAAGGUUGUGCCGAUUCUUCAAGUUGGAGCCACUGCAACAAUAAUGGCUGGUGACCAGAUUUUCCCCAGACUUGGAAUGGUUCCACCUCCAUGGUUCUACUCACUGCGUGCCAAUAGAUUUGGAACCAUGGCAACAAUCUGGCUAUUUGGCAAUUUUGCACAGUCUUUUCUACAAAGUUCUGGUGCCUUUGAAGUCUAUUGCAAUGGAGAUCUGGUUUUCUCGAAAUUGGCUGAGCAGAGGUUUCCUAGUGAGUUUGAACUGCGGGAUCUCAUCAGCAGCAGAUUACCAGAUUCUCCGUUUGGGAAAAAUGUGGGAAAAGCCUUGACUUAGACGAUGGCGUCAGAAUAUCACACGCCAAGCCGACGUCUUGUUAUCAAGCUACUAUAUUGUUAGCUGUUUGACGUUGAGCCGUUUGGAAGCUUUGCAGCUUGUCUGUAAACAGUACUAUCCGAUUAUAUGGCUUGUAAAUUGUAAAGGGAUAACCUAGCGUGAUAUAGUGACUCCAAUAUAUGACCUUGUGGCACUAUAAAUUCGUCAUUUCCUGUUUAUUUUCUGGGAGAUUGAAAAAA